UGCCUCCCAUGGUUUCUCUUCUCCUCCUUCGCCCUUAACAAGCCCUCGCUCCCCACCCAAUCAAGGCAGGCAGGAUGGCCUCUUCCUCCCCUCUUUAUUGCCUCCAUGGCCUCCUGUCCUUGUCCUCCUCCAUCUUACUCCCCAUUCUUCUUUUCCAACAUUAUGCCAUCGUUGAGGUUGCCCCCAUCCGUAUUGACAUCAUUCGACGCCCAUCCAUGAUUCCAGCUGUCCCUACCUUUCGAGAGGCCCCUGCUUUUCGCAAUGGUGAUGAGUGCCCCCCACCAUCUAUUGCAGGGCUUGUCAAUAUUGCCAUGACUUUAGAUGCCAACUACCUACGUGGAACCAUAGCUGCUGUCCUCUCUAUCUUGCAGCAUACCUCCUGCCCGGAGAGCGUCGUCUUCCACUUUCUUGCAGCUCGGCUCGAGCCUGACAUCUUGACUAGCAUCCGUUCUACUUUUCCUUACCUCGACUUUCAUGUCUACCGCUUUGAGAGCAAUCGUGUGCGCGGUCGCAUCUCUCGAUCCAUCCGCCAUGCUCUUGACCAGCCACUUAACUAUGCUCGUAUCUAUCUUGCCGAGAUCCUCCCUCCUGAAGUCACGCGCAUUAUUUACCUUGACUCUGAUGUCAUUGUUGUUGAUGACAUUCGCCAGUUGUGGGAGGCGGAGCUUGGGAACCACGUCAUGGCCGCGCCUGAGUACUGCCAUACCAACUUCACCAAGUACUUCACCGAUGCCUUUUGGUUAGACCCGGAGCUUGCAAAAACCUUCGAUGGCCGACAGCCUUGCUACUUCAAUACUGGAGUGAUGGUGAUGGAUGCUGAGAAGUGGAGACAAGGAGGUUACACCAAGAUGGUGGAGGAUUGGAUGGAAGUACAGAAGCAAAAAAGAAUCUACCACCUCGGCUCUUUGCCACCAUUCUUGUUGGUCCUUGCUGGCAACAUCAAAGCUGUCGACCAUCGUUGGAACCAGCAUGGGUUGGGUGGAGACAACAUUGAGGGAAAAUGUCGAAACCUGCAUCCAGGUCCCAUUAGUCUCCUUCAUUGGAGCGGUAAGGGAAAGCCAUGGCUUCGACUAGACUCAAGAAAGCCUUGCACUGUGGAUUAUCUUUGGGCCCCUUAUGAUCUAUAUAGGUCUUCAUCACCCACACUAGAAGAAUGACCAAGAGAGAUGGAAGAGAGGAGAUAAAAUAGAACAAAAAAAAUGAGUAGAAUAGGAGAGGAAGAAUUUUUUUCCUUAACUUCUGAGAAGGAAAGUUAAAAUGGAAGGAGAAAGCAGAGAGAUAUUUAAUGUAGGAGAAGACAUUUGCAAUCUAACAAUGUUUGGUAAUUGAUACUUGCAAAAAAGUUGGGAGAAGUCAUUCCACUUUGUUGAUCAGGAGGUUGAUGAAAGAGGCCUUUUACUAGGAAGUGACUAGGGGGGGUGGGGAAAGAGAGAGAGGUGCUGCUACUAAGUAGGCCACUAGAUGGUCUUCAAGAACAAGCUAAUCAUGAGGGAUGAUAGCUUUGGGUUUUCCUCUUUUUUGUAUUUAUUUGUUUUUGUUCUUUGGCUAGAUUUGGUUGUAGUUGUUUUGUCUUUUGAGUCAAUGAUGUAAAAGGACAACCAAAAUUAUUGCUUGUAGUACUUGUGCAUGAUAAAUAUAUAGUGAUUGUGGUGAUGUGUAAAGGAAUUAGAAAGAGUAGAGUGUUUGUAAAUUAAAUUGACCUAGAGUUCUUAUGCACACAAUUAUGAAAACCUAAUUUCUGAUUUCUACAA